CUGACGGGCCGUGCGGGUCGGUGACAGAGAGCAGCAGAGGAGCCAGAGGACCAGGUUUGUGUGAGAGGACCGCACCGGCUGUAGGAGACGUGGGAUCUGAUGCAGGUUUUAUCCUCUUCUCUCCAUCUGACUCGAGGGUUGAACCUGUGGAGUUGAUAAAUAGGAAGACUGCUCCAGGGGAGACUGAUCCACAGGCUUCUGCAGCACAUGUCCAGGAGACCGCCACAUCAAUGAGGACACCUGGCAUGGCGGUAUUCAAGCAGGAGAACGUGGAGGACUUCUAUGAUAUUGGAGAAGAACUGGGAAGCGGGCAGUUUGCGGUUGUCAGGCGCUGUAAAGAGAAGAGCACAGGCACUGAGUACGCUGCCAAGUUCAUCAAGAAGCGCCAGAGUCGAGUCAGCAGACGGGGCGUGAAGAGAGAGGAGAUUGAGAGAGAGGUGGACAUCCUGCAGGAGAUCCAACACCCAAACAUUGUCGAGCUGCAUGACGUGUAUGAGAACCGCACAGAAGUGGUGCUCAUCCUCGAACUGGUCUCCGGAGGGGAGCUCUUUGAUUUCCUGGCUCAGAAAGAGUCUCUCUGUGAGGAGGAGGCCACUCAGUUUAUUAAACAGAUACUAGACGGGGUGCAGUACCUCCAUUCGAAGGGGAUUGCGCAUUUCGAUUUAAAGCCUGAAAACAUAAUGCUGCUGGACAGGAGCGUCCUUCUACCGCGCAUUAAAGUCAUAGACUUUGGACUGGCACACAAAAUAAAACCUGGGGCAGAUUUCAAAAACAUUUUUGGAACACCUGAAUUUGUGGCUCCGGAGAUAGUCAACUAUGAGCAGCUAGGACUGGAGGCAGACAUGUGGAGCAUCGGAGUCAUCACCUACAUACUUUUGAGCGGCAUCUCGCCUUUCCUCGGUGAAACAAAGCAGGAAACGUUGGGAAACGUCUCGGCGGUGGAUUAUGACUUUGAUGAAGAGUUUUUCAGUAACACCAGCGAGCUGGCCAAGAGCUUCAUCAGGCAGCUACUGGAAAAGGACACGAGAAAACGAAUGACUAUCCAAGAUGCCUUGAAUCACCCGUGGAUUAAGCCUCUUAACUCCAGGCAGGCGAUGGUGAAGAGGCUCUCAGUGGUCAACUUGGAGAACUUUAAAAAGCAGUAUGCAAGACGACGCUGGAAGUUGUCCUUUCGAAUCGUGGCUUUGUGCAACCACUUAACGAGGAUCAUGAAGAAGGGUCAGAAGCUGCCUGCAGAGGAUCAGAGGGAUUGUGAAAGUGACCAAGAGGAGGAGAUUCUCAAGAGGAGGCCCAAGACCAGAAAGAGAAGCAGUACUUCCUGAAGGAGUAUUGGUUAAACCCUAUUUCGGGUGUAAAACAGUGACUCUGCACCUUUUUUUUUUUUUUUUUGAAGCACACAGCAGUUGUGCAGCAACCGCAUGUGUUCAAGUUACGGCUGUUUAAGGCAACGUCUGGGUUAGUUUUUGACAAAGUGAGCACACAUUCUGCUGCGUGUGACACGGACUGCUGCCGCUUUUUAACUGAAGCGGCUUUCUGGCAGAAGAAUAUAUGCAGCAGCAUCAGCUAUACUGUUGACAGGAACUCUUAGUGAAUAUUCACACUUGCACAAUAAUGCAGAGGGGUUCCUCUCAUGACUGCAGCCUCAAAAAAUGCUUGAGCUGUUGUCUAUUGAUAGAGUCACAUGGUUUUUUUUUUCUUGCUGUUUUCUUUCACUGGUUACAUGUUGGUGCUGCUGUCCGAAGUAUUUGGAAUUUAAAAGUUUUAGCCCCCCCAGAGCAUCACAAAUCGGUCGCAGAUCUUUGUAAUUUGUAACCAAAUGUUUACAUGCUCUUCUGCUUAGAGAUGCAGCCCCGUCUGCGCAAAUAGUGUUUACUGUUGUCCUGUACAUUUUGCAAGCUCGGCAAUAAUUCUCAUGAGCCUGUAUACAGAACCACCUGUUUACUGUAUACUUGUAAAUGAUCAUAUAAAACCCGCUUUUCUUUCCUUAUGUGUACAUAAAGAUGCCAUAUAAAUCUUUAAUAUGUGAAGCUAAUUUUGCUGUUUUAAUUAUGGUCAUAAUGUGAUGUAUUUAUGGUGUAAAUAGAAGCUCUGUAGCUCCAACAAAUGUCUUAAGUUUACUUUAACUUUCAUCUGGGCUUUUGUAGUUUUAAACACACAUUUUAUGCUAUACCUGUACGAACUGAUAUUUUGUGUAAUAAAACUGAAGAAUACUUUCAUUCUUGAUGUUACAUAAAAGUGUGGUCAAAAGCACUGCAAUAUUUGCAUAUUUAUGAUAUCUGCUGCUUUUUUUAAACUUUAUUUAUUUUUUUACUUUCUCCCAGCUACUAUUUAUUGUCACAUCAGUGAGGGUGUUUGGGCUCAGCUGGGUUGAAGGAGAUUGAACGGAUAAAUUGACCUGAACUAAAUACAAGUUGGCGAUGGCGUAAUGUAGGCCAGUUUGUACAAAUAGUGAGAAAAACAACAAGUGGGUCAGCUUGAGAGUCUGUGGCCAGUUUUGGCUUCAUUAGUCUUUCAUGUCGUUUUACUGUGAAAUUAUUCAGAAUCUUGCUGCAUUGUUGGUCUACUCAGACAUAUUAUGGAGUCGUAUGUUUGCCUAGUGAAAAACAGCAGGAAAUGCUACCGACAACAGCCCAUGCAUGCGUGCAUGUGCCUGCAUGAGCAAGAAGCUAAAGAAAGAUAAAAAAAAAAGAGGUGAACAUAAAUCUGUGAAGUCUGGCAUAAAUCUAAGAUUCCCUUUUCCAGUUUUCCAAGUAUCAUAAAUUCAUCUCUGGCAUUUGUGAGAGGUGAAGUUUCUCCAAGCGUUGAAGGAGUUUUAUUUGAACAAGCUGAUUUGAGUGAAAGAAGAUAUAACUUCAUCACAACAGGCUGAAAAAGCAAAUAAAAAAUGGCAUUGUUUUCAUAUGUCACAUGAUUUUUUUUUUCAUGUAAUACUUCAAAGCAGACACUUUACUAACUGCGACAAACUUACUGAAGCAGUUCUACACAAGAGCACCUGUGGAUUUCUGCACAGAGCUCAGAAUUAGCCUUGAUCUUUCCCCUGUUUGCUUUUUCCAUACUCUCUGUUGUAGGAGUUUCUAUAGUGGAUUUUACUGCUGUGGUUCUCUCAAAAGGAAAAAAAAGCAAAACAAACUUUUAAUCUGGCACUUUGAUCUGACAGUGAAGAAAUCAAUACACCGUACAGAGAAGUACAUGGAAUCUGUUUAGCCUGUUGCGUGUGACAUGGUGGACAAGGAGGCAGGGACAACGUAUACAAAGGCUUUAGUCUACAACGCAAAUAAAUCAAGGCUUUUCAAAGUAAUUAUUA